AUGGAGGUCGGGAACUUGGAAGGACUAGAGCCAGUGAGCCCAAAUGGCCAGUACUUCAGCAGUGAUGUGAUAACUCUUUCGGUUCUUGCUGUUUUGGAAUUUGAGAUUCCAAUUGAUAUCGAGUCUCAAACAAUGUCAUUGCUUAAGAACGUCUUCCUCCCCAUCAGCCCCCGUUUCUCCUCUAUCAUGGUUGAAAAUGAUGGAAAGAAAGAGUGGAAAAGGGUCGAAGUGAAGCUUGAAGACCACGUUAACAUCCCUAUUUUCCCUUCCAACCUGUCGCCUGAAUCAUAUGACGAAUAUCUUGAGGAGUAUUUGUCAAAGUUAUCAACAGAAAGAUAUCCACAAGGCAAACCACUAUGGGAAGUUCAUGUUAUCAAGUACCCAACUAGCAAUGCAGCUGGUAAUAUAAUCUUCAAGUUUCACCAUGCUCUAGGAGAUGGCUACUCUCUCAUGGGUGCUCUCAUUUCUACUCUACAAAGAGCUGACAACCCUUCUCUGCCCUUAACUUUUCCUUCACGACAGCUGUCAGAAUCGAAGAAGAGGGAGAAUUUUUUUGUGACUAAGAUUUUCUCAUCUGCAUGCAACACAAUUUCAGAUAUUUGGUGGGGCAUUUCGAAGACCUUGAAAGAAGAUGAUCUAACACCAAUCAAGUCGAGCAACGAUGCAAUUGAAUUUCGGCCAAGUACUAUAGCAACUAUGACCUUCUCUCUUGAUCAACUCAAAUCAAUCAAGAACAAGCUUGGAGUGGUAAGAUGA